UGUGUACUGGCACGCAUGGAGUACUACAAGUGUGCUGGUCAUCCCGAACACGAGUUCCUCUUGUUUUAUUUCAGACACUGGAUCGAUAGCUGCUCCGCUCAGGCUGUAGUGUCUGCAGACCGUGCCAUGCAAGGACAAAACCGUUCCCUCAGACAAUCAUCUGAAUUAGUCUCUCCCUCAUCAUCCGACACCAACGCGUACGACUCCAUAUCUAUUUAUGGUUCCCCCCACGAUGCAGCGCCAGAACUUCAAGUCAGAUAUACACAAUACAGCAGGCUCUGUACCUUUGACUUUCCUUUAUCUUCUGCGCCCUCAGCACUUCAAGUGUCCACCGUCCUGUCUCUGGUACACCUCCAGGCCCCGGCAUAUCAUUUGUACGAAAAUCAAUGCUAUUGGUUUUCGAGCGCAGUGUGGGGCAGUUUGAAAGUGCUGUUCCCUGAU